AUGGAUUCCACAUCAUAUAAGCCAUUGCAAGACAACCGGGAGAGCGAGGACCAACAUUCGGAUGAUGAGAAAUUUUGGGAAGAGGCGCAAAUACGACCCCGAAGUCUCUGGAGACAAAAAUGGCUUAUAGGUGCAAUCAUUCUACCAUGGUGCCUUCUACUUCUAGAGUCUGUCUUCAUAGCGGACCAAGGCGCUGGCUGGAAUUGUAGCUCAUGCCCGCCAUCUUCCCAGCUGCUCUAUUCUCCCGCACAAGAUGCAGUUCACUAUGAGAUCAAAAAGUUCAACCACGGCUUCAACGACGACAUUUCUCCAUUACAAGGCCCGCCCAGCGAUGAACGUGACAAGCUGUGGGAGGAUCUCUACAACUUCGGCAUGUCCGCAAUCCCCAAAUCCCAAGCCACCCUCCUCCCCAACCGCACCGGCCCAAUCCCAGGACUAGACGGCCAAUACCUCGUCGAACUCGACGUGUUUCACCAACUCCAUUGCCUGAAUAACAUACGCAUGUCCCGCUACCCCGACCGCUACACCACCAUCUCGCAUAACGGCAUCCCGCACGACUUCGCCGACAGCCACGUCGAGCACUGCAUCGACAGCAUCCGGCAAUCCCUCAUGUGCCACUCAGAUAUCUCGCCACUGGUGUGGCAGUGGAGCGAGGAGCAGAACGCGAUGCGCAUGCAUGGGGAUGUCGUGCAUACGUGUCGAAACUUCGAUGCUAUUAGGGAAUGGGCGCGGGCGAGGAGGCCGGAGGUGGCGCUGGAUCCAUUUGAGCGGGCUGGGGGGGGGGGGGCUGGGGGUGGGUGA